AUGGAGAAACCUGCAGAGAAAACCACUUUGCUCGAAAGCAGAGAGAAUGUUGCUGGUGACAGAUUGCUCACCUUUGACGAAAUUCCGUCCUGGCAAAAAGAUAGUCCACACAUCCAUACAGGAUAUCGACCACUGACUGGAUCAUGGUCACAAUCAAUAGAGAGCAUGUUCCGUUGGCAUAACGAGACGAUAAACAUACAUUCGCAUUCCAUCGGAGCUAUCAUUUUCUCCUUCUUUCUGCCGCUCCAUUUCUACUUUGCACUAUACCAGAACACACCAGCGGCCCAGCCAAUUGACGUGGCGAUAUUCUUGUUGUACUUCGCUGGCGUCACAUCGUGUUUUGCUGUCUCGGCAGCAUUCCAUACUGCAGGAAGUCACAGCCAGGCCGUUCACAGGAAAUACAACAGAGCGGACUGCUGUGGCAUCGUAUUGCUCAUGUGGGGAGCAAGUCUUGCAUCUAUCCAUUUUGCAUUCAUCUGUGAUGCUCGGACAAAAAGCUUACACUGGUUCCUGAGUUCUGCUAGUGCUACUGGUUGUAUGACAUUCAUCCUUGGGCCCAUGUUCAUCAAACCAGAGUACAGGACUCUUCGCGCACUUACCUAUCUCAGUCUGGGCCUCUUCGCAAUCGUCUUCAUUGUACACAGUAUCUACCUUCAUGGAUUUGCUCUGCAAAGACGUCGAUUAUCGUUGGAAUGGAUGGGGUUGAUGGCUCUCCUAAAUUUCCUCGGCUGUUCUGCAUAUGCUUUCCGCAUUCCAGAGUCAAAGUUUCCCGGCAAGUUCGACUUCGUAGGCGCGUCGCAUCAAAUCAUGCAUGUGGCUGUUUUAGCCGCCGGUUUGGUGCAUUAUCACGGUCUGUCUAAGGCAUUACUGGAGACCCGAGGUGAUAUGCGAUUAGUCUGCUAA